CUCAGGCCACUGCAUGAAGGCAUGAGGUCAGUUUUAUAUUAAAACCGACCAACACUACAUGUACAUGUACAGUACAUGUAUAUAAGCCAUCAUUAUUCACACAGACCAAGCCAAACAGCACACAACACCUUGGGUUCCUGGAGCCGUUACACCUGUAACUGUACUACUGAGUGCUGAGAUAUACCCAUGUACAAAAUUAUUCCAACUGGUGAAUACAUCAAAGAGGAAAUGGAGCCCCACCCACAGAAUCCAACAGAACUCACAGCUCGGUCUGUCUUGGAGAUGCUAACUCAAGACUUUCUGAAGUGUCAUAUCUGCCUUAACACCUUCGAAUCUCCAACCUUUUUGGACUGCCAGCACACAUUCUGCCUACAAUGUCUUGAAAACCUGCGAAGUAGCAACGGGCGUUCCUGCAAUGAAUUGGGCUGCCCUGAUUGCAGAGUCAAGACACCGUUGAUCGGAAGGAGUAUAUCGGCACUGAAACCCAACUUCACAAUGGCGUCACUGGUGGCUGAGGUCAAGAGCCAGAAAAGGAUGCUGUGCAUUCAGCAGAUGGCCAUGAUCCCUACAUGCAGUCUGUGUAACAAGGCCAAUGUAGUCAUCCUGUGCAGUGACUGUCGGGAGAGGCUGUGCCAAGACUGCUGGAUGAAACAGGAGUCCAACCAUGCCACCCACAAGACUGAUGUUCUGGAUCUUAUCUGGACUGAGAAAUCUCCCACUGUCCCGAAGUGCAGCAAGCAUGGGGAGAGCCAAUGCUGCUACUUCUGCCAAACCUGCCAGGAUUUUAUCUGCCUGAUGUGCAUGGCAACCUUGCAUCGCAGCCACGAACACAAGCAUCUGGAAAUCGAUCAAGCAUAUGACACAGCGAGGCAGGAGUUAGGCAUUCUCCUGUCCAGAUCUGAGAAGCGUCUACAAGAAUACAUCUCACACAAAGCUAUCAUCGAGAGAAAAUGUAAUGAGAUGCAGGACGAAAUUGCUGAGGCAACUACCAAAAUCCAGCAGUCAGGAGGUCCCAACAAGGAUCGAUACCUUUCCAAACUUACUGAAUUUGCACAAGCAAGGGCAGCCGAGUACUCCAAAGCAAUGGAGGCUGCAUGCACGAAAGUUGAGUGGGUUCAAAACAUACGUGACACCAUCAGUAAACGGGUAAGCUCAGCAGAUAAAUAUGCCCUCCUCCGAUCAAAGGAAGAACUGGUACUGCAGCUACGACAUAUUCUUGAAAAGACAGUUCCAAUUCCCGAACUACCAACAAUUGUCUACAUCAACGUGAGAAAAGCCAAGUGCUACAAGUCAGCUGAUUUCCAGGUGACUUCAAGUAAUGACACAUGGUACAUGGAUGACACCGAAAUGUCCAUCCCCGUUAGACCUGGGCCAAGGCUGUACUGGGUCCAAAUAAAGCUCUAAGAUCCAAUCCCAUUCCUGAUAUGUACUGGCACCUUACAUGUACAUGAAGGUCACAAACUCCAGGCACAAACCACCCAUUUGAUUGAGUGCCAGACGCAUAGCAUCAACAAUGCUGAGGUGACAGCUCAGCCUUUCUCUUGGUUAGGGAUGAGGAACUUCUCCAGCACUCCGUCCAUCUGAGCUAGUAAAUCUACAUGUAAAUAUCGAUAGUACUUACAUGUACACCUGUACAUGUAUGCAAUCUUCAGCUUGUAUAUAAGCAAUGCAAGCCGCUAUGGUAUAUUCGUCCCUCUUCCCAGUUCAAAAAGCACCAAUAGGAAAGCACAAUGCAGUAUUGGGAAUUAAUGAACCAAAACAAAUCAAUAGAUAUUUGAACCUUAUUCAAUCUGGAUUAACUACUGUACAUGUAAUUACUUAAAAGCAUAUGCACAAUACCGGUACCUCAGAUUCGGAGGUGAAAUUAAUUAUUGCAUUGUUUGAGUUUGCAAUAAGUUUAUUAAAUGUUUUAAUCAACUGCAUAAUAUAAUUUCAAAUUGGAGAGUGCAGUAUUUGUCACUCAUCUGGUAAAAUCCAAUGCUUAUCACUUUGCUUUAUCAAAAGAAAUUUACUAGUAUCUAUAUUAUUUUGAUGCUGUACUAGGACAUGUAAAUUAUCCGUUGAUACAGAGAAAACAAAAUGUAGUGUUUAACUCUUAGCUCACAGAAGCAACAUGCACUGGUACUGGAUCUAUUUUGCCAAUAUUCUGUAGUUUUAAAACUUGAAUACUAAUCGGCUUUAAUCCAAAGUACCGGUAUACGUGCAUGUAUACACAUUUGAUGACAACACUGUGAUAUUCAACCAGUAUGUCGCACACAUGAAUGUACACGUUUAUGUUUCAUGUACAUGUACACCCAUACAUCAUGUACAUAUACAUGCAUAACUACUGUACUGAGAGUAAAGCGUGUGUACAAGUCGUUCUUAGAAUAAAGAAAAAUUACAAAAUGCUGCUACUGAAA